GCAUACCCUUCCUCAUCUCUCAUCAUCACAACUUGUUUGUUCCAUUAACAUCCUCCUUCUUUAUAUUACUUAGCUUGUUUUUUCUCCAGUCAUGGUACUUGCUGGUAAGCUCAGUACUGAAAUUGGGAUCAAAUCCCCAUCUGUCAAAUUCUUCAACCUCUUCGCAACGCAGCUUCACGAUGUUCAAAACCACUGCGAGAGAGUGGUUCAAACCAAGCUUCAUGAAGGUGACUGGCAUGGCGUAGGCGUUGGUUCUGUUAAACACUGGACUAAUGUUAUAGAUGGCAAGGCCAUAACAUUGGAGGAGCGUAUUGAAGCCAUUGAUGAAGAGAAGAAAACAAUCAAACACAGCAUCUAUGGUGGAGAUAUCAGUCCUCACUAUAAGACUUUUACGCUCAUCCUUCAAGUGAUUGAUAAGAAUGAUGGCGGUGAUGCUGUUGAUGUUGUUAAAUGGACUAUUGAAUAUGAGAAGCUCGAUGAGGAUAUUGAACCUCCUCAUGGCUGGAUGGAAUUCCUGAAUAAAGGCACUAGAGACAUUGAUGCUAAUCUUCUGAAGGCAUAAAGAGUUACAUGGAGAUCUUCUGAUGUAAUUUGGUCUCCAUAUAUAUAGUCCAUGUUCGUUUCCUUUGUUUGUAUGGAAUAAAGAUGCAUAUGCAUAUCUCAGUGAUGUAUGGAAGAAAAAUGUGUUGAAUUA